AUGGACACCGGGACACUGUCUUACGAGCUGCUUCUUCAAUACCUCACCCUGUGUGUCAGCAGUGGCCACCACUUGGAGGUGUUUAACAAGUAUGACAUCAUGAGGAGCCAGAUCAUUACGUUAAACACCAGGGCCUCCAGCCUGCUCAUAAAGGACUUCAGCCGAUCAGACCGCUGGAAGGAGGCCUAUCACACCCAUCAAGAGGGCCAUCACCGCGUAAGUAUGGCGAUGCCAUCAUGGGGGCAGUACUGCAUGGUGACGGUGCCACUGCCGGGGCCCUGCAGAGAUGUCUUAAAUGAGACCACUCCAGAGGAGCUGGAGAGCUUCAAGAACUUUGUCAAGUGGAUUCCGGCCUUUGACAUGGUCAUAGAUGGUUUCAAAGUUGCCAACAUGGGCAUCAAAGGGAACCAGUCGCAGAUGCUCCAGGUGGUGGUGUCAGAGCUGGAGCGACAGGGCCUGGUCAUUCUGGUCCUGUGGAGGAAGCACAUACAAUGGCCCUCACGCAGCUGGGACAGAUAUGCCAUGAGCCUGGUCCAGCAGAAUGCCCACUGCUUCUUCACUGACAUUUCUGAGGAUGACCCUUUUAUGUAUGCCACACUGCACUCUGGGGACCACUGUAACUUGAGCUGGGACCUGAUGCGGGACCACAAGGCCUGCCUGCCCGAUGGUGCACCUCAACGCCUCUUCUUCAAGUGGCAGAGAGGGCACUAUCUGGUGCUGAGCAGUUACACUCUGGGAAAGAGUAGGAUAUCAAGUUAUGACACCAUUGUCCAGACAAAUGGAGGCUCCUGUCACAUCCACUAUGAUGAGAAUGGGGCAGAGAGAUAUACUUAUUUAGUUCCCCAGAAGUGUCUUUGUCUCACCAGGGCAGAAUAA